AUGACUUUCGACAAAGCUGCUGCCAACGAAUUUGAGCCCAGCAGUCGAAAUACUGCUUCCAGCCGGCCAAAAUUCGACUCUAAACUUACUUCAGAUCGCCUUCGCGAGGGCUCUGCUUUGACAAAAAUCCAAAUGGUCAGCAACAUCAGAAAGGGCCGCAAGUCUGUUUUUAGAGAGGUUGGAUUGAUGGACGACGAGGACGAAUACCAACACAAGUCUUCCGAGAGUUCAGACGAAAAGAACUUUGGCGAAAUCACGGGUCUCGUCUCAGAACCUACGUCACCCAUUGAGAGGAGAAGGGACUCGACCGGCGAGGUGGACGAGUCCAGAAGAAAGACAAGGUGGUUAUCCAAGUUGACCCCGGUGAAGCGUCCGAGGAUUAAAGCAGCUGCCAGUGCACCGCCCCCGACUCUAGCAAGUCUCCAGCGGCUCUCGAUGAUCGCGCUCCUCAUUGCCGUCGUCCUACCGGCGAUCAGCUAUAACAAUGGCCGCAACAAAGUUGAACUUAGCGGUGCGGAUGCGGGUGUCAUCAGAAAUGUACCAGAAAUCAUCCUAGAGAACCGAGCAGACAGUCCAGUUGAUGUCUGUCUGCGAUGGGCCCAGCAGUCUGCCUUGCUUAAUGGCACGGUUUACAUAUAUGGUGGCGAAGCAAAGGCAUCUGGCGACCAGAAGGACAAUAAAUGGAACAACAAUUUCUUGAAGCUCGACUUGACGAAAUCAUGGUCCACAGGCUCACCGGCCCUCACUGGGCUCCCUCAGCCAUCGGGUUUACCUGCGGUCGCGAUGGGUUAUCUCUGGAACGACUAUAACAACCUGUACCUUUACGGCGGUCAAUAUUCUGAUACACCUAGGGUGUCACCAGACCCAGUGUCCACGUGGAAGUAUGCCAUCUCUUCAUCAUCGUGGAUUCAAUACGAGAACCCCCAGACAUCAGCGGGAAAGUACUCUGCCGCCGCAAAUGUUCCCGUUCAACGCGCUGCUGAGGGCGCCGGGAUUUCGGUCCCCGAACUCGGCCGCAGCUGGUAUUUUGGAGGACAUCUCGACGUUGCAACAACUCAAGGCUGGUCCGAUCAGAUUCCGCGUGUGUAUUUGAAGAGUCUGUUAGAGUUCACCCACCCAGGUUACGCUAAUAGCGCCGUCGACUCCUUGCAGAGUUCGGGGGCGGGCGAAGGUGGUGCUUAUCGUAAUAUAACAGACGGCGGGAUUCAAGAACAGUCUGGCUUCUCUGAGCGAGCUGACGGAACUCUUGUUUUUGUCCCGGGUUGGGGUCCCAGCGGCAUACUUUUGGGGCUGGGUGGCGGUAGUACCGAGAAUAAUGACACUGCCGACGAGUUCAGCGACAUGCAGACCAUCGAUGUCUUUGACAUUGAAACCAGCGAGUGGUACCAUCAGCAGACAUCUGGCGACAUUCCUGGCGUCCGCGUGAACCCCUGUGCUGUCAUCUUCUCUGCGUCGGACGCCAGUUCGUUCAACAUUUACAUGUAUGGCGGACAGAAUCUCUUACCAGUGGCCGGUCAAACUCAGUAUACCGAUAUGUAUAUUCUGACAGUCCCGUCAUUCACCUGGAUCAAAGUUGAUGUAAGCUCCGAAGGUGAACCUGCCGCCAGAGCUGGGCAUACUUGCCACGCCCGCGAUGGGCAGAUGAUCGUGAUUGGGGGUUAUAUCGGGCAAAACACGAACUGCGAUCGUCCUGGUAUUCACAAUUUUGACGCGUCGGGCCUGCAGUGGAAAGAUUCCUUCGUUGCUGGUGAUCACACAGCAGAUCUCCAUCCGGAGAACAACCUACUGGCGAACAGCUUUGGCUACAAGGUUCCUGAUAUCGUUCAAUCCGUUAUUGGUGGAAACUCCGAUGGCGGUGCUACAGCGACGACUCCAGCUUCUGGUCCUGCUACACGCGGGCCAUUUGCGACUGGGAAGCCCCCGGUCUUUACUAUCACUGCAACUGGCAGCACCGCCACAAUAACUAACUCACCACCGAAUUCCGCCGGGGGCGCAGCCAGCUCGAACUCGGGCUCCACUGGAGGUCUUGUUGCGGCCGGUGUCAUUGCUGGACUAGCGGGUUUGCUUGCGGGAUACCUUGGCUUCUGCGCCUGGCUAUACAGGCGUCAGGUAGUCGCAUAUAAGAAACAUAUGGCGGUUGCCAACCGGUAUAGCGGAGCUGAUGGGUUCGUGGGUGCGGCUGGCGCCGCAGAGCGAGAGAGGCUUCGCAAGCAUCGCCGUAAUAGCUCUAGUGGGGAUAGUGGUGAUCAAUUUGGUUGGGUUGGUCAAGUCGGCGAGCCCAAGUGGAUGUCGACGAGCGACGAGCCCUCUCCCGGUUCUGGUACCGGAUCAAAUUCUGUGGGCCGUCCCAGACCUAGCGAGGAUCGUAAUCCAUGGGGUUGGUUCGAGAGCCCAUCAGGCGGAGGUGCGUCUGGCGCGGGUAUCAACAGAAUGAAAAGUAGCGCCACCAGGAGCACAGCAAGCGGAAGCUCUACGGAAGGCCUACUGGAUGGAAGGGAGCCAAAUUUCUUCAGUGUUGUACUGGGACCAAGGCGGGCUUUGAGGGUCGUCAACAACAGGGAAGACUGA